AUGCGUGCACCCCUUCUCCUCUCCCUCAUUGGCUACCUGGCGGCCCCCACUGGCUCGGCCAUCAUGGGCCGCUGUGAAAUCGCUAAGAUACUCAGUGAUGGAGGCCUGAAUUAUUUCGAGGGCUACAGCCUUCAGAACUGGGUGUGCCUGGCUUACUUCGAGAGCAAGUUCAACCCCACGGCCGUGUAUGAGAAUGCCAAGGGCGGCUACAUGGGCUACGGCCUCUUUCAGAUCCGAGACACCAACUGGUGUGACCACGGGAAGAACCUGUGUCGCGUGUCCUGCUCCGCGUUACUGAAUCCGAAUUUAAAGGACACGAUAAAAUGUGCCAAGACAAUUGUGAAAGGCAAGCAAGGGAUGGGAGCGUGGCCCACCUGGUCCCGGAACUGCCAGCUGUCUGACACCCUGGACCGUUGGCUAGAUGGCUGCAAGCUAUAG